CUUCCACGACAAAAUACCUAUAUUCAUUAUCCUGCUUCUUGAAAUGCAUGGAAUACAACAUCUUGGACAUAUUUAAAGCAACCUGUCCCUUCGGCCGAUAACUUUUGGUUAUUUCGGACUCAAGAAGACGUGAUUUGCGGAACAGAUGACCAUUUGUCUGAAAUACGCCGGCCUCUGACUCAUACUCAUUUCUGCACCAUGAUUUCGACAAGAUUGACCAGCCUUUUGGACAUCAAGACCCCAAUCGUCGGGGCGCCUAUGGCGUACGUUUCGCCUCCAGGAUUCGUCUCUGCAGUAUCUUCCGCGGGAUCUUUCGGAUUCCUCGGGGCAGGCAAUAGCAGCUCCGAGGAGCUCGCCAAAAUUCUACAAACGAUCCGAGCGAAUUUGGGAUUGCAACAGGACGCAGCGCUGCCCGUUGGUGUGGGAUUCAUCACCUGGAUCCUCGAGAAGAACGAAGUGUCUACGGAUCCGCGUCUAGCGAGCGUGCUUGAAGCGCGUGUUCAAGCGGUCUGGUUCGCUUUUGGAAAGGACAUUGGAAAGUAUAUUCAGCAGGUCAGGGAGCAUGACUCGAAGCGCGACCACAAAACGAAAGUGUUCGUCCUCGUAAAUUCUGUGGAAGAGGCUUUACAGGCAGCCAACGAAUGGGGAGCUGAUGCAUUAGUAGUGCAAGGCAAUGAAGCCGGUGGCCAUGGAGGCGCUAAGGCCCCUCCUGUAACAUUGCUCUUGACGGCCGUCCUUACAUCUGUACCCAAAGAUGGCCCUGUCAUAUUGGCGGCUGGCGGCAUCGCAACCGGCGCUCAAAUCGCCUCCAUGCUCACGUUAGGCGCGGAUGGAGCCGUCAUAGGGACACGGCUUUUGUUUACACACGAGUCUGGCUAUCCGUCUGUGAAGAAAGAGGCGCUUGUCAAGGCUGGACUAGGCUCCACAGCAAGGAGCACAGCGUUUGAUGAAAUCAACAAGACGGUCGGUUGGCCUACGGGUAUUGAUGGAAGAGGUAUCGCGAAUGAGAUUAUCAGCGACGUGAAUGAAGGGUUGAGUUUGGAGGAGAGGUUGAAGCGAGCUGACGAAGGGAAGGAUAAAGGGUCUACUUCGCGCAUCCCCGUUUGGGCCGGGGCAGGUGUCGGUCUGACGAAUAAAAUUCAGAGUGUUGAGGAAGUUAUCCGUGAAUUACAGGAAGAGACGGCUCGCGCACUGCAGAGAGUAUCGCGGCUGCUUGUACAUUAAUGAAAUUAUACAAAUGUGCGUUCACAUAUUGCUGAUGCAAUAGAGAACGAGCGCUGUCCGCGGAGGAGCUUUUCAAGUUUGAAACCCGAUUUUGUUUUCAACGCCGCUCUAUUGAUAGUGGGCACAAUUUUGUUUGCGUCACGGGUCCCUUCUGAUUUCCCAUCGGGGAGAGAAAAACAGUGUCUUCCAGAUUUUCUCAUAAAACGUAUAGACCAUGAUAGGCUCAUCCACCAUUCCAUAAUGCUGACCAUUUCCACCAAACUGACAAAAUGCAUGAUGCUCACCAUUUUCUAUCCUUUUAGCUUAGCACCUCUUUUUUCUCAGCUUCCCUAG